CGUCGUCAUCUCCGCCAUUAUCAGUAUUCCUUGCAAGCUUUUUCCUGGAAUUGGACAACAUGGUACAUUCAGAGUCAUCAAAACUCAUUUCGUUGCGCGGUGGUAGUGGUCCUUUUUCUAAGGAUGAACUGGCAACAAAUGGUAGUUAUACUGAUCCUAUGGGGCGGAGGAAGUCCAAGCGGUUUAAGGUUGCAGCGGAAAGUGAGUUUUCACCUGAUUGUGGAUCGGGUUCCAUGCGGCUCAGAUCGAGAAAUAUACAGAAGGAGCUCCAAAUUGAGACUUGCGAGAACAGGAAUGCUUCUGAAGUUGAGGUUGAGUUGAUUCCUGGAGAAAAAGUGGCAGAUCGAGAUGGCUUUAAAUCCGUUGAUUGUAAUGACAUGUUGGCUGGAGUAACCGAAGGAGCUGAAUCUCUUCGAGUUAAUAUGCAAGAACCAAUGGAAGAUAGGAAUCUGCCUGAUAACACAAGUGAGCGAAAUAUGGUGGAGGUCCAUCCUCCAAGCAUAAGCCUGCCAGAAGAAGAUGUGAUGGGGUCUGUUUGCAGGAAAAGUAUCACUGGGACAAAGGAGCUUCGCGGAAGAACGAUUUCUGUAGUGAGAGACUUAUCUCCAAAUAUGGGGAGCAAGUUUUCAAAAAGUGGAAAGACCACUAAAGGUUCUAUAUCGAUGGAAGAGGAAAACUUGGUUCUGGAGAAGUCAGAUUCUGGAGACCAUUUGGGUCAAUCUCUUUCUAAAAGCAUAUCACCAGAGGUUUUGGAACUUGAUAAAUCAAAUGUUACUGUUCCAAAACCAAUUGAGGCUGCUGUUAGGAUAAUUACAAACAAAGGGGUUGCAAUGCAUCCACCCUUGAAGCCUUCCGAGAAGACGAAUGGAGAUUAUGGUGAAGGAUCUAUGAGGAAGAAUAAUGAGAGGGUUGCCCCGGAUAAAAAGAGAUUAGCUCGUAAUCCUCGGUUACCAAAUGGUGGGCUUCCUAGUGGCUCAAGCAGUGGGGAAAGUGCUCGGUACAAAGUUAAGGAAACUCUGCGUCUUUUCCAUGAAACUUGUAAAAAAAUUAUGCAGGAGGAAGAAGCAAGGCCUAGGAAAAGAGAUGGUAGCAAGUUCAGAGUGGAUAACGAGGCUUCGAAAAUUCUCAAGGGUAAAGGGAAAAAUCUUAACAGUGGUACUCAGAUUAUUGGAACCGUGCCUGGUGUUGAGGUUGGUGAUGAAUUUCAAUAUAGAAUGGAGAUGAACUUUCUUGGUAUACAUAGACCAAGUCAAAGUGGUAUCGAUUAUAUGAAAGAUGACGGCGAGGAACUAGUUGCCACGAGUAUUGUAUCCUCUGGAGGUUAUGAUGACGUGGUUGAUAACUCGGAUGUCUUGAUCUACACGGGUCAAGGCGGAAAUGUGGGGAAAAAGGGAAACAAAAAUAAUGAACCCAAAGACCAACAGCUUGUAACGGGAAACCUUGCGUUGAAAAACAGUAUACACAAAAAGAACCCUGUGCGGGUCAUAAGAGGCAUUAAAAAUACGACAUUACAAUCAUCAGCUGUUGCAAAGAAUUAUGUUUACGAUGGAUUGUAUAUGGUGGAAGAGUACUGGGAUGAAACUGGGUCUCACGGUAAGCUCGUCUUCAAGUUCAAACUGCGGCGUAUUCCUGGACAACCCGAGCUUCCCUGGAAAGUGGUUGAGAAAUCGAAGAAAUCCGAGUUCCGGGACGGUCUUUGCAAUGUUGAUAUCUCAGAAGGGAAAGAGACAUUACCCAUAUGCGCUGUGAACAAUAUAGACGAUGAGAAACCAGCUCCGUUUAUCUACACGGUUAAAAUGAUAUAUCCGGAUUGGUGCCGGCCAAUUCCUCCAAAGAGCUGUGGUUGCACAAAACGCUGCUCCGAAUCAAAAAAGUGUGCCUGCGUUGUGAAAAACGGUGGAGAGAUACCGUACAAUUAUGAUGGAGCCAUUGUUAGUAUAAAGCCCCUGGUCUAUGAGUGUGGCCCACACUGCAAUUGCCCACCUUCUUGCUACAUGAGAGUCUCACAGCACGGGAUCAAGAUCAAGCUGGAGAUCUUCAAAACGGAGUCAAGAGGAUGGGGAGUGAGAUCGCUGGAAUCUAUUCCUAUCGGAAGCUUUAUCUGUGAGUACGCAGGAGAGCUUCUAGAGGAUAAACAAGCAGAAAGACUUACCGGGAAAGAUGAGUAUCUCUUUGAACUCGGGGAGGAGGAGGAUCAGUUCACCAUAGACGCAGCACGGAAAGGGAACAUAGGGAGGUUUAUAAACCAUAGCUGCUCACCGAAUCUGUACGCACAGGACGUAUUGUACGACCAUGAGGACACAAGAAUACCUCACAUUAUGUUCUUUGCACUGGACCAUAUACCUCCACUUGAGGAACUCUCAUACGACUACAAUUAUAAGAUCGAUCAGGUAACCGAUUCUAAUGGUAAUAUCAAGAAGAAAAUUUGCUACUGUGGUUCCGCUGAGUGUAGUGGUAGGCUCUACUAAGUAAGCUGUUGUUACCCCUUGUAUUCUUCUUCAUUUUCCCGCUUGAUGUUUAGUUCUGUAUGAAUAAGCAAACUAGCUUUGGCGAAAAUUACAAUACAGUGUGACAUAAUUG